AGUGUGACGAGUCGAACGCGUUCGUUUGCACGAGCACAAAUCUCACAGUUUGAGCUAACAACACGACGAGCAUCGGCGAAGCUAGCCGGCUGCUAACGAGCGCCUCCGCCGCUGAAACGCUCCCGACGUGUUUAUAUCCUGGUGCCGUUAGCAUUGAAGCUAACACUAUGAUACAGGGUUCUUGUUUAACAGUCGCUCGACACGAGCAGAGGAGUUUACACCAAACUCCAUUAACGGAUCUGUUGAUUCAGGUGUAAUCCGUUUACAGGAAACCCGAUCAGCUAGGACGACUUCGAUCUAAAGUGACUUGAAUCCGUUUAGUAAUUCGGGUUCAUUGUGAUAAACAGUGGGAUUGUGUCUGUCUGGGUCUGACAUGUCGGCCGACAACAAGAUCGCCGAGCUGCUCACCGAGCUGCACCAGCUCAUCAAACAGACCCAGGAGGAGAGAUCCCGCAGCGAACACAACCUGCUCAACAUCCAGAAGACACACGAGCGGAUGCAGACGGAAAACAAAACGUCUCCGUACUACCGCACCAAGCUCAGGGGCCUGUACACGACGGCCAAGGCCGAUGCGGAGGCCGAGUGUAGCAUCCUGCGUCACGCGCUGGAUAAAAUAGCAGAAAUCAAGUCCCUGUUGGAGGAGCGGAGGAUAGCUGCCAAGAUGGCAGGAGUGUACAGCGACAGCGAUCCGCCCAGGAAGACGAUGAGGCGCGGCGUCCUGAUGACACUCCUCCAGCAGUCGGCCAUGACGCUUCCUCUGUGGAUCGGGAAGCCUGGGGAGAGCCCGCCCCCACUGUGUGGCGCCACUCCGGCCAGCGGCGACUACGUGGCCAAACAGGGCGACAAAGUGGCAGCGAGGGUGAAAGCUGUGGACGGAGACGAGCAGUGGAUCCUGGCCGAGGUCGUCAGUUACAACCACUCCACCAACAAAUAUGAAGUGGACGACAUCGAUGAAGAGGGGAAAGAGCGGCACACUCUGAGCAGACGGAGGAUCAUCCCUCUGCCUCAGUGGAAGGCGAACCCAGAGACGGACCCCGAGGCCCUGUUCAGCAAGGACCAGCUGGUUCUGGCCCUCUACCCCCAGACCACCUGCUUCUACCGGGCCCUCAUCCACACGCCUCCACACAGGCCUCAGGAUGACUACUCGGUGCUGUUCGAGGACACGUCGUACGCCGACGGAUACUCGCCUCCUCUGAACGUGGCUCAGCGAUACGUGGUCGCCUGCAAAGAGAACAAGAAGAAGUGACGAGCGACCGGACGUGAAGAACCUGAACCUGAAACGCAGAAAGACUCUGAUGAAGCUCCUUCGAUCUCGAUCAGAAACGCUUCUAAUUUCACUUUUUAUACCAGAGGACGUUUGGAGCUGGUCCAGAAUUCAUCACUGGAUCAUCUGUGAAAGACCAUGACAGUUCUGUGAAGACGAUUCUAUACUGUCGAUAUUUGUAUGAAGUGUGGAACUGGAACAAGACGACUCAUUUUGUUUCCUGUCAGUGAAGUUGGACAUUAGUGCAGUGUCUGGUGGUCGGUGGAGGAACUGUGCCCUUCAAAAAAAUCUGUAAAUAUCAGAUGCUGUUGAAACUGUUCAGUGAUAAAUGUGUGUAACAGAAACUUAAAGAUCAAA